AUGGAGAUCAUGACCAUGACGAUCACGAUCGCGAUCACGGCCACGACCACGAGAAUCAUAACCAUGAUAGCCAUCACCAUGGACAAGGCGGUGACUGCUGUGCAGACUCAGCAAGCAUUUCCUCGUCCUCAACAUGCUGCGGCGACCAAGAGCGCUGCGACGGUGAAGAAGUGUGUUGAGGCCGUCGCAGCACUUGAAUGCGUCAAGGCCUGCGAAGAAGACCCAGGCCACGAUGAAUCAUCAGGUCACCCUCACCAACAUGGCGCGAGCGGCCACGACUCCGACACAGCCUGCAGCACUCAUCUCCAGGCCGCCUUCGACAAAUACAGCAGCUACCUCGAACAGCUCCGCUGUAUCUGCCGCAGUGCCGUCGACAAUGGCGCGACCUCGUUCCAGACCUGCUGCAACAAGCCCAAGUUGAAGAAGAACCAACACCACAACAAGCCGAAGAAAGAUAUCGAUAUACCUAUUUACAAGCCCUCGGGCGCCACCGGUAUCAAGAAGGUCGACGUCGAGAAGGAUGGAAAUACAGAGCCCGUCAGCUUCCUAGUCAGCGGAAUGGACUGCACCAGCUGCGCCGAUAAGCUCAUGCGGAUAUUCAACACCAUGGCCGGCGUCUCCCAGGCCCGCGUGAACUUUGUCGUGGGCAGCGGCGAGUUCACCGUCGACACAUCCGUCACCAGCGCCGACGAAGUCAUCGCUUUUGCCAGCAGCGUCAGCGGCUUCAACCUGAGCAAGGUGAUCGGCGGCAACUAUUUCCUCGACAUCCUGGCUCCCCCGGCCGAGGCGAAGAAGAUGGCAGCCGAGUCGCUACCAGGAGUUCUCGACGUGCAGUCGCUCGACAAGUCCACGGUCCGUCUAGCCUACGACCCGGCCAUCAUCGGGGCGCGGGACCUAUUCGCACGAGUCGAGGAUCGAUGCCGCGGGUUGGCUCAGCAGCAAAGCGAUCCCCAGCUCGUGAACAGUCGUCGCAGACUGUGGGACCAACUCAUCAAGGCUGGUUUGGCUGCAAUCUUCACCAUCCCCGUCGCUGUUGUAGCCUGGAGCGAAGAUCUCGUGUCUGAGAGGGCCGAGGCCAUCAUCGGCUUGACGCUCGGCACUGUUGUCCAGUGCAUUGCCAUUCCCGAGUUUUAUCGCCCGGCCCUCUCUGCGCUUUGGUAUAGUCGAGCGGUUGAGAUGGACAUGUUGGUCGUCAUGAGCAUCACCGCUGCGUAUGUCUACUCCGUUAUAGCGUUUGGGUUUGGGAUGGCGGGCAAACCGCUCGACGAGGGCCAGUUCUUCGAGACCAGCACAAUGCUGAUCACAUUGAUUCUUCUCGGCCGCCUCAUUGCCGCCUUUGCGCGAGUUCAGGCCGUCACUGCCGUGUCGCUCCGAUCCAAACAGCAGAAUGUUGCCGUGCUUGUUGAGAAGGGCAGCGAUCGAGAGAUUGAUGCCCGGCUACUCCAUUACGGCGACAGGUUCAGGGUCCUGCCACAUACUCGAGUACCUACGGAUGGCGUAGUUGUCUCAGGAACUACAGAGGUGGAUGAGUCUAUGUUGACAGGAGAGCCGCUGCCAGUCCCCAAGAAAGUCAACGAUGCAAUAAUCGCAGGUACCAUGAAUGGCGAUGGGUCUGUCGUUGUCCAGCUUACUCGCCUUCCAGGGAAGAACACAGUCACAGACAUUGCCCAGCUGGUCGAAGACGCCGCCAACUCCAAGCCCAAGCUGCAAGACCUGGCCGACAAGGUCGCUGGCUGGUUCGUUCCUGUAAUGGCCAUCGUCGCCCUUCUCGUCUUCGUGAUCUGGAUUGGUUGUGGAUUAGGAGUCCUGAGAUACAGCAGCGGUAAAGCAGCCGGCAACGCAGUGGCAUAUGCCGUGGCCACCCUCGCUGUUGCCUGCCCUUGCGCCCUCGGUCUGGCCGUACCCAUGGUCUUGGUUGUUGCGGGCGGUAUUGCGGCAAAGGGAGGCGUCAUCAUCAAGUCUGCGGAGACUACCGAACGAGCACGCAAGGUCACCGAUGUAGUGUUUGACAAGACCGGCACCAUCACGGAAGGAGACCUCGCCGUCGUGGAAGAGGUUGUGCUGAGUGGCGACCACUCCUUCAAUGCUUCUCUCGCUAAAGCCCUGGUGGCUGGAGGAAAGCACCCCGUAUCUGCGGCAGUUGAUAAAUAUCUUGACGGGCAGGCUGCCGAGGCCAUGGCCGGUGUAUGCAACGUCAGGGUCGUUCCCGGUGCUGGGAUUGAGGCAGAGUACGAGGGAAAUCGUCUACGGGCAGGGAACACCCGAUGGACCAGCGCCAGUGAUGUGGCAGAGGUAACACGUCUUCAAGACGCUGGUCUUACUGUGCUCGUCGUCACCUACAAUUCUGUCCCGGCUAUUGCUUUUGGAUUGAGUGUCCAGAUUCGACCCGAGGCCCAGCGUGUUAUUGCCGAGCUCAAGGCCCGUAACAUCACUGUCCAUCUUGUCUCUGGGGACCAAAAGAGGGCUGUUCAGGAUGUGGCCGCCUCAGUUGGCAUCCCCCGGGAGAACGCAGUUGGCGAAUACACCCCACCGGAGAAGCGCGACUAUGUUGCUGCUCUAAUGGGGGAUGAGGGCAGAUAUGUCAUGUUCUGUGGAGAUGGAACGAAUGAUGCUGUCGCUGUCGCGCAAGCCAACCUUGGGGCUCAGAUUGGUGGCAGCCUCACAAGUAGCGAUGUGACCCAGGGUGCAGCCGACGUGGUUCUGUUGAAUGGUCUUGAGGGCAUCCCUUUCCUUCUUAACGUCAGCCAGGCUUCGUUCCACCGCAUGUACUUCAACUUUGUUUGGUCUGCUAUUUACAACGUUCUGGCCGUCACGAUGGCAAGCGGCGCCUGGGUCAAGUUCCGUAUCCCUCCCCGAUACGCUGGUCUGGGAGAAAUGGUGAGUGUUGUUCCAGUUAUCCUGGCGGCAGUGUCCAUGUUCCUCUUGAACCUCAAGCACAAAGUUAGCAAGUGA